AUGGCCAGAAGCCCUUCUGCUGCUUUCAAGGUCCUCAUGGAUGGAGUGACAAGCUGGGAUGUCCCCAAAGACAUCAUCCCCAAUGAACUCCUUCUUAUUGGACAGGCUUCCUUCCCAGUGAUGGUGAAUGACAAGGGCCAAGUUCUCAUUGCUGGGUCCUUCUACGGCAAGGGGCGUCUGGUAGUCUUGCCCCAUGAGGGCUACCUGAGACAUGCUGGCCUGGCUCCAUUUCUUCUCAAUGCUGUGCGCUGGCUGCGCUGCUCCCCUGAGGCUCCUGUUAGAGUCCACCCAUCCCUGGAACCCCUAGUGAACAUCCUGCAGGGCUCCAAGGUUGAGGCCCAGAGUGAGCCAGAACCAGAAGAGGGCCCAGGCGUUUACUGUACUGGUGCCUAUGAUGACAUCAAAACUGCUCAGCUGAUCCAGUUUAUGAAACGUGGAGGUGGCUUACUCAUUGGAGGCCAAGCCUCUUCUUGGGCUGACAAGCAUGGCCAUGGCAAGGUGCUGUCCAUGUUCCCUGGAAACCAGGUGACAGGUGUCACUGGGGUGUACUUCACAGACAUCUAUGCAGACAGAGGGCAUAUCAAAGUCUCUGAGAAAGUGCCCACAAUCCCGCUCCAUGUCAGGUGA